CCACUUGAAAGUUUGAUGACUAUUUGCAAACUGUGAAACAACGAUCAUCUUCUUCCCUAAUUUCCCUCCCAAUUCCUUUCUGAAGGAUCUGAAUGAUUGACAAAGUGCAAAGACUUGUUAAUCAGAUAUGAACGAGCUCCCAAAUGCAUUUUCUUUGCUGGAAUUAGAUGUCGAGGAUGAUAAUCAGCAAGUGGCAAGUGCCGCUAAUAGUACAGAGGAAACCAAUGGGAAAGCCAAAGAAGAAAAUGACAGUCUUGAUUACAUGAAAUGGAAUGAAAGCGACAAUUACAGGUUGCCCCUCGUGUGGAUUGACUUAAAAAUGACCGGCUUGAAUGUUCAAGUAGAUAGAAUAUUGGAGAUUGCUUGCGUGAUUACAGAUGGGAAAUUGAGGAAAUCCGUAGAGGGUCCUGAUUUAGUCAUUCAUCAACCAAAAGAUUGUCUGGAUAAAAUGGGAGAAUGGUGCCAAGAUCAUCAUGCCGCUAGUGGCCCAAUAUGUCAACAAUUUAUAAUAGGGUUGACUGAGAAGGUGAUACAAAGCACCGUCAGCGAAAAAGAAGCUGAAGAGCAGGUGAUAGAUUUUGUGAAGAGGCAUGUUAGUGCAUAUACUCCGUUGCUUGCGGGAAAUUCGAUCUACAUCGAUUUUAUGUUCUUGAAGAAGUACAUGCCGGAUUUGGCGAGUCUUUUCUCGCAUGUUGUGGUUGAUGUCAGCAGUGUCAAGGCUUUAUGUCGGCUCUGGUUCCCGAAAGAUAAGAAGAAUGCUCCUAAAAAGGAGAAGAAGCAUAGGGCCAUGGAUGAUAUCAGAGAAAGCAUAGCAGAGCUCAAAUACUACAAAGAACAUGUGUUCAAAUCGCCAGAGUCUUAAGAGAUAACGUCGUUUAUGAAGAUCAAUCGUGUUUCUAUGAUCGAUUGUUGCUCGCGGUGCUUGUUUGAUGGCUCACGUGAUCUUCUAUGAACUCGGAUGUCCAAUGAGCGGUCACACAAUCGAAAAACUUGUUUAAAACUAGUUUCUUCGAUAUAUAGAUCAUUAGGAGUUCCUUGUAAAAAUCAUUUAUCCUGUUAAAGAGCAAUUGUUGUUUGUUUUAUAUGUUGAAUGAACAGUUUGAAUGAUGUAAAUUACCAUUUUACCCUUCUAACCCUUUCUACUAUUAUCAAAUUUGAAGUUCAA